UGUCCUGACUCCGGGAAAAGCUUGAGUUACAAUUCCAACCCACUGAUACACCAGAAGAUUCACAUAGGAGAGAAACCCUUUGAAUGUUGUGAUUGUAAGAAAUCUUUCAGUCAGAAUUCCCAUCUUGUACAACACCAGAGGAAUCACACAGGAGAGAAACCCUUUGAAUGUCCUAUCUGUGGGAAAGGUUUCAGGCAGAAAUCUAGCCUGAUGAACCAUCAGAGAACACACACAGGAGAGAAACCCUUUGAAUGUCCUGAUUGUGGGAAAAGUUUCAUUAGAAAUUCCCACCUCAGGAGGCACCAGAGGACUCACACAGGAGACAAGCCCUAUGAAUGUCUUGAUUGUGGGAAAAGUUUCGGUCAGAAUUCCCACCUCAUGAGACACCAGAGGACUCACACAGGAGAAAAACCCUUUGAAUGUCCAGAUUGUGGGAAAAGUUUCAUUACAAAUUCACACCUCAUGAGACACCAGAGGAUUCACACAGGAAAUAAACCCUUUGAAUAUCCUGAUUGUAGGAAAAGUUUCAGUCAGAAUUCCAGCCUGAUGAAACACCAGAGGACUCAGACAGGAGAAAAACACUUUGAAUGUCCUGAUUGUGGGAAAAGUUUCAGUCACAGUUCCCACCUUGUUGCACACCAGAGGACUCAUACAGGAGUGAAACCUUUUGAAUGUCCUGAGUGUGGGAAAAAUUUCAGUCAGAGUUCCAGCCUGGUGAGACACCAGAGGACUCACACAGGAGAGAAACCAUACGAGUGUCCAGACUGUGGGAAAGAUUUCAGUAUUAGGUCUAACCUUAUAAAUCAUGUGCUUAUACACAUAGGGGAGAAACCAUUUAAGUGCCCCAACUGUGAACGGUGCUUCAGGAAACAGUCCACCCUAAUUGCACACAAGAAAAUCCACCUGAAGCCAAAAGUGAUGAGUAUAGAGAAGGGUUGAAUUCCAUUUCUAAUGUCCCAUUGUAAGUUCAGCUGAGAAAUUGACUAAUUUGACUACAAAGAAUUUGCCCAAUUUCUUGAAGUCAAAUAUGUCAUGGUAUUAGACGGGAAGGAGGAAA